GAAACUUGCUGAGCGGACCAUGCAGUACGUGGUCCAUCUCUCCGUACCGACUUUAUUAGCCCCCGGGUCAUGGCGAACACUAUCCACAUUCUGUGAACAAAUUCCUCGAACCUCGUCCGCGACUUCUGCUGUCCACCGAAUCGGCUCGACGAAGUCCCAUGCGACGCACGAGGUCUGUCUGAGAGAGAGAGGGGAGAGUCGAGCUGCCGUGCAGCUGACACUCGCGGCAAUGGCAUUGCUAGCAGGAGCGAUGGCAUUGCCCGGAAUCUGUGCACUCCGACCCGACGUGCUGCGCUUCAGCUCGUCUUCUUCGGAGGUAUCCGUCAGGACCAAUCGAGGAUUCGGACGCACCCAAUUUCCAUGCCUUACAAAGUCAGUCGGUGCCAGGAGACACGUCGUGCGGGCAGCUACUUCCGGCAACGGGACAGAGAAGCGAUUUAAAACCACGGUGGAGCUCGACAAGCUGAUCGACACCCUGCGCGAGACAGAGUACGAGAAGCUUCCCCAAAUUGUAGCUGAGAAUGUGCUGGGAUUCAAUACGGAUUUCUGGUUACGGCUGGCCGCACGAGCCGACCUAGCUACGUCUCCUGAUGAUCAGAGGGACUACGAGGUCUUGGCGUCGAAUAUCAUGAAUCUCGUGGAGCUUAUAGUCCGAAAAACACAGGAGAAGAUUGAAUCGUCUACGGACAUCUUGAAGUCCAUAUUGGUUCCGUUGAUCGAAGAUGUUGAUGGAGAAAUCAGCUGGCCUCCUCGCAACCCAGAAAGUAUAUCCAUGAUGAGAAAGGAGGUGGAACGCAGAGAAGACGGAGGCUAUCUGGACGAAAGUUUUCUCAGCGAGGUCUCUGCCCAGUUAAGACAGGCAACUGAAGACGGGGAUAAACCAGGCCUCGUAGCUAUCCUUCAAAAAGUGUUGCAGCUUUAUGCAAGCACUGUUCUCUCUAGACGAACGUAUUCAGUGAAAGGAGAUCAAGUAGACAAGGCCGAAGAGCUUCUUGAGAAGUUGAUAGCCGGUGACGAGGAAAACUGGAAUGAGCUCCUAAGAGCUGGUCUUGUCUUCGGAGGGGGCAGUGUCGAAUCCAAUGAUUUGUUCAGAGUUGUAGAGAAGCGGGUUGAGAGGACGCUGAUGCGAACGGAAAAUGGGUCUUAUCAGCAGAGGCUACUUGUAGAAUAUGUGAGAGAAAUUCAAACGAGGACAGAACUUUUGGUGGAAGCGUUUCAAACCAGCAGGCCUUGAAUUGAAGAUGGUAUUUUAUUCGUAGAUGCAAAAUGUAAUUUGGUGCCAAUGUUCUGGUAGUUCUGUGCUUAAAGAGCGGAUAGGUUACGCGGUUCACCAUUGAACCCCCAUCCAUUGUCACCCAACGUCUCCAUGACUUUCAGGAAAGAUGUACCACUUUCUGGGCGGUCUAAGAUCAAUGGAAUCUUGGUUCCUGUUGUACUGGAUGCAACACACGUUUCAAGAUCCUUCGAUCUGCACGCACUCCAGUGAUCCCAUGGACACCGUAAUUGGCGCUUUACGCGAAUAAAACUUUGUCCUCUGUGGCAGUGCUUUGUCUUUUC